AUGGACACUUCUGGGCACUUCCAUGACUCGGGGGUGGGGGACCUGGAUGAAGAGCCCAAGUGUCCCUGUCCAUCCUCCGGGGACGAGCCCCAGCCGGCGGCGGCCCCCCAGCAGCCCCCAGGGCCCCUGGUGCCGCCUCAGCCCGCACAGCUCCAGCCGCCGCCGCCGCCGCCGCAUCCCUUGUCUCUGCUCGCCCAACUCCAGAGCCAGCCUGUCCAGCCGGGCCUGCUGCACUCCUCUCCCACGACGCUCAGGGGCCUCCCUUCGGCCAACUCCACCGCCGUCCUCCACCCUUCCUCCAGGCAGGGCAGCCAGCUCAAUCUCAAUGACCACUUGCUUGGCCACUCUCCAAGCUCCACAGCCACAAGUGGGCCUGGUGGAGGCGGCCGGCACCGGCAGGCCAGCCCCCUGGUGCACCGGCGGGACAGCAACCCGUUCACGGAGAUCGCCAUGAGCUCCUGCAAGUACAGUGGUGGGGUCAUGAAGCCCCUCAGCCGGCUCAGUGCCUCCCGGAGGAACCUCAUCGAGGCCGAGCCCGAAGGCCAGCCCCUCCAGCUCUUCAGCCCCAGCAACCCCCCAGAGAUCAUCAUCUCCUCCCGGGAGGACAGCCAUGCCCACCAGACCCUGCUCCACCACCCCAACGCCACCCACAACCACCAGCAUGCUGGCACCACUCCCGGCAGCACCACCUUCCCCAAAGCCAACAAGCGGAAAAACCAGAACAUUGGCUAUAAGCUGGGACACAGGAGGGCCCUGUUUGAAAAGAGGAAGCGGCUCAGUGACUAUGCUCUGAUUUUUGGGAUGUUUGGAAUUGUUGUUAUGGUGAUAGAGACCGAGCUCUCUUGGGGUUUGUACUCAAAGGAUUCCAUGUUUUCGUUGGCCCUGAAAUGCCUUAUCAGUCUGUCUACCAUCAUCCUUUUGGGUUUGAUCAUCGCCUACCACACGCGGGAGGUCCAGCUCUUCGUGAUCGACAACGGCGCGGACGACUGGCGGAUCGCCAUGACCUACGAGCGCAUCCUGCACAUCAGCCUGGAGAUGCUGGUGUGCGCCAUCCACCCCAUCCCCGGCGAGUACAAGUUCUUCUGGACGGCCCGCCUGGCCUUCUCGUACACGCCGUCGCGGGCGGAGGCCGACGUGGACAUCAUCCUGUCCAUCCCCAUGUUCCUGCGCUUGUACUUGAUCGCGCGCGUCAUGCUGCUACACAGCAAGCUCUUCACCGACGCCUCGUCCCGCAGCAUCGGCGCGCUCAACAAGAUCAACUUCAACACCCGCUUCGUCAUGAAGACCCUCAUGACCAUCUGCCCGGGCACCGUGCUGCUGGUGUUCAGCAUCUCGCUGUGGAUCAUUGCCGCCUGGACCGUGCGCGUCUGCGAAAGGUACCAUGACCAGCAGGACGUCACCAGUAACUUCCUGGGCGCCAUGUGGCUCAUCUCCAUCACGUUCCUGUCCAUCGGUUACGGGGACAUGGUGCCCCACACAUACUGUGGGAAGGGCGUCUGUCUACUCACCGGUAUCAUGGGUGCGGGCUGCACUGCCCUCGUGGUGGCCGUGGUGGCCCGAAAGCUGGAGCUCACCAAGGCAGAGAAGCAUGUCCACAACUUCAUGAUGGAUACGCAGCUCACCAAACGGAUCAAGAAUGCUGCCGCCAACGUCCUCCGGGAAACGUGGCUGAUCUACAAACACACGAAGCUGCUGAAGAAGAUCGACCACGCCAAAGUCAGGAAGCACCAGCGGAAGUUCCUCCAGGCCAUCCACCAACUGAGGAGCGUCAAGAUGGAGCAGAGGAAGCUGAGCGACCAAGCCAACACCCUGGUGGACCUUUCCAAGAUGCAGAACAUCAUGUACGACCUGAUCACAGAGCUCAACGAUCGGAGCGAAGACCUGGAGAAGCAGAUCAGCAGCCUGGAGUCCAAGCUGGAGCACCUGGCUGCAGGUUUCAGUUCCCUGCCCCUCCUCAUCGCCGACGCCCUGCACCAGCAGCAGCAGCUCCUGUCGGCCAUCGCCGAGGCCCGGGCCGGCCCCGCGGGCGCCACCCACACGCCCCCAGCCUCUGACAGCCCCCUCGGGGUCAGCUCCACCUCCUUCCCGACCCCGUACACAAGUUCAAGCAGUUGCUAG